AUGCAGUCUCCAUUCCCUCCUCGUUGUAAUCCUCCAGGUCGUCCUUGGAUCGUACAGAAAUAUGGAGGAACAAGCGUGGGCAACUUUCUUGACACCAUUGCAGAGACCAUCGUACCGUCAUAUCUCGACAAGCACCGAGUUGUCAUUGUAUGUUCGGCAAUGAGUGGAGAAUCCAAGGAAAAAGGAACCACCAACCAACUAUUACGAGCAGCUCAAGAAGCAUUGACCCCUGGUUCAGACAAGCAUCUUGAUAUUGUCAAGCAAAUUACAGCAGAUCAUAUGGAAGCAGCUGAACGACUUGUUCAAGAUCCGGUUAUCCUUGAACAACUUCAAGAACAAAUUGGAAAGGAAUGUCGCAAGCUCCGCUCGUUUCUUCAAGCAGCCGAGAUCAUUGAUGAAAUAUCAUUGCGAUCAAGAGACAUCAUCGCUGGCAUGGGAGAAAUCCUUUCUUGCACCAUUGUUCAAGCUGUAUUACAAACUCGGGGCAUUGACAGCCAGCUAGUGCAACUCACCAAUAUCGUCGAUCAACCCUUUUCUCAACUCGACCAAUCCUUUUACGAUUAUUUAUCAAAACGCUUAGCCGACUCGGUGAUCAGCUGUGGAGACAAAGUGCCUAUCCUCACUGGUUUCUUUGGUUACGUUCCUGGAAGUUUGCUUUCAGCUGUUGGACGUGGGUAUACGGAUCUUUGUGCUGCUCUGGUAGCUGUUGGACUACAAGCAAGCGAAUUACAAAUAUGGAAGCAAGUCGACGGCGUUUUUACUGCUGAUCCUCGAAAAGUGACAGCUGCUCGCCUUUUACCCACCAUCACUCCUGAAGAAGCUGCCGAACUUACUUAUUAUGGCUCUGAAGUCAUUCAUCCUUUCACCAUGGAGCAAGUGAUUCGUGCCCAGAUUCCUAUCCACAUAAAGAACGUUGAAAAUCCUGCUGGCUCGGGCACCAUCAUCUAUCCUGCAAAUACCGACGUUGACAUGACAACCCAUACCCAACAACGACUCCCAACCGCUGUCACUAUCAAGGAUGAUAUCUGUGUACUCAACGUUCACUCAAAUCGGAAAAAUGUCAGUCAUGGAUUCUUGGCAAAGAUAUUCGAGGUACUUGAUGAACAUGGCAUCGUUGUUGAUUUGAUCUCAACUUCAGAGGUGCAUGUUUCCAUGGCUUUGGGUCCUGAUGCAGUCCGAACAAGCCUUGAUAGAGCGAUGCCUUCUUUACAGUCAUUGGGCAGGGUGGAUCUACUUCAAGAAAUGGCCAUCUUAUCCCUUGUGGGUAGAAACAUGAAAAAUUCUAUUGGCACAGCAGGCAAAAUGUUUUCUGCACUGGCUACGGCUGGUGUUAAUAUCGAGAUCAUUUCACAAGGUGCAUCCGAGAUCAAUAUCUCUUGUGUUAUCUCACGACAUCACGCACUCAAGGCCAUGCAAGCCAUUCAUCAAGGACUUUUGACACUAUAG